AUGUUUUAUAUGUUCAUGAGAAAUAGACCUGUAGAGGUUAAUACGAUAAUGGAGAAAUGGAGGGAGGUGUAUAGUGAGGGGGGUCAUGAAGGGUGGAGGAGUAUUUUGAGUACUGGGAUCCAUUCUAGUGAAUUUUAA